AUUGGCUCCAGAUGCUGGGGGCGAGUCCCCUGCAGACAGGGCGUGCCUAACUCUGGGCUGAAGCGCAAGGUGUCUAGGCCCAGGCCCGGAUGGCGGCGGCGGCAGCGGCGGCGGCGGCGGCAGGGGCUGGGGGUGCGGCAGGCCCUGGGACCGGCCCCGGAGGAGGCCCCGGGGCGGGCGGACCGGGGCCUGGGCCUCCGGGACUGGAGGCCGCGAUCCAGAAGCUGGCGCUGCGGCGGAAGAAGGUUCUCAACGCCGAGGAGACUGAACUCUACGAGCUCGCCCUGGCGGCCGGGGGAGCCAUAGACCCCGACGUCUUCAAGAUCUUGGUGGAUCUGCUGAAGCUGAACGUGGCCCCCCUCGCCGUCUUCCAGAUGCUCAAGUCCAUGUGUGCGGGGCAGCGGCUGGCCGUGGAGGCCCCCGGGCCCGAAGGCGUGGGAUCUGCUCUGCCGCCCUCCACGCUGCCCGAGGCAAGAGAGGGCAAGUCCGGGGCCGGCCCGGCGGGGCCCUGCUUUUCCUCGGGCCCGCGGCCCUCUCCGCGCCAGGCCGCCGCCACUCAGACCGGGCUGGGCAGCCCCGCCGCCGUGGGCUCGCCUCUCCCUCACAGGGCCCCAGGUUCCUUCCAGUUUUCUUGCUGCCUGUUCUCUCCUUUCACAGGGAGAAACAAGAGCUGUGGGACGGCCGUGCUGGGGGAGCGCGGCGGCCGAGAAGGAUCGAGCCAGCGGAUGCCCAGGCAGCCCAGUGCCAGCCGGCUGCCCAAGGGGGGCACGGGGAAGAGUCCCACGCGGAGCAGUAACUGAGGGGCAGGAAGGGCCAGUGGGAAGGUAGCCUAGUGGCUUCCGCUGGCAAUAAACCAUGCUUUGAAAUGGA